AUGGAUAGUUCAAGUAUUGUUGAUCACAUUGAUGCAUAUUUCCUUACUAUGAGUGCUUGCUCUGAUGAUCAAUCUGAAAUUGAUAACAAUAGUAAGACGGGAAUGGAUAUCCCAAGAACUGCAAUUGAUCAUAAUGAAGGUCAAACUCAACGACAGAAUACUAAAUAUAAAUUAGGUUUCUGGAUUUAUUAUCUUCGAUGUAUGUGUUGCUAUAAAACUCGACGACACGGUAAACAUUUUGUUCACCGCGAAGAUCCAUCAUUAGGUGCUCUACCUCUUGAAUGGCUAAAUCCUGAUAGAACAAAUUUUCGUACGCGGAAAUUAGGAG